GGAAUUACUAUGGCGACCGCCACUCCAAGCCGUGAAACUGGCCGGCCGGCGGCCUCGACUCCUCUGUCCCCGACCCGGAUCUCCCGCCUGCAGGAGAAACAAGAGCUGCAGCACUUAAACGACCGACUAGCUGUUUACAUCGACCGGGUCCGCUCGCUUGAACUCGAGAACGACCGCUUGAUGCUCAAGGUGUCCGAAAAAGAGGAGGUGACUACUAGAGAGGUUACGGGCAUAAAAUCUUUGUAUGAAGCAGAGUUGGCAGAUGCACGGAGGGUUCUGGAUGAAACUGCUAAAGAGCGGGCCAAGUUCCAGAUAGACCUGGGCAAGGCUCAGGCUGACCUGGAAGAAGCCCUGCGCAGUGGCAAGAAGAAGGAUGGAGACCUUGCAGCAGCUUUGUCCAGGGCUAACGGAUUGGAAGGUCAACUGAACCAAAGUGAUGCUGCUCUCUCAGCUGCCCUCAGCCAGAAUGCUGCACUUUCAUCUGAACUCGCUGAUGUCAAGGGCCAGUUGGCAAAGGUGGAGGACAGCCAUGCUGUGGCCAAGCGUCAGCUGGAGGCUGAGACUCUGAUGCGAGUGGACUUGGAAAACCGUUGUCAGUCACUGAGUGAGGAGUUGGCUUUCAGAAAGAACGUGUUUGAAGAGGAGGUGCGAGAGUCUCGUCGCAGACAGGAACAGAGAAUCGUGGAGGUGGACUCAGGAGUCAGGCAGGACUAUGAGUUCAAACUGGCACAGGCUCUUCAGGACCUCCGGAAGCAGCAUGAUGAGCAGGUUGCCAUCUAUAAGGAGGAGUUGGAACUCACCUUCCAGUCCAAAUUGGAAAAUGCCAAAGGUUCCUCAGAGAUCAAUGACAAGGCAGUGAGCUCGGCCAGAGAGGAGCUCCAGGAGUCUCGUAUGAGAAUAGAAAGUCUUGGAUAUCAACUAAGUGCUCUGCAGAAACAGGCCACUGCCUCUGAGGAUCGCAUCAGAGAGCUGGAGGAUAUUCUGUCAGCAGAAAGAGACAAGCACCGACGUAUUGUGGACGGAAAGGUACAAGAGAUGACCGACCUGAGAGACCGGAUGCAUGCUCAGCUGAAUGAAUACCAGGAGCUGCUGGAUGUGAAGCUCGCCCUUGACAUGGAGAUCAAUGCGUAUAGGAAACUGCUGGAGGGAGAGGAGCACAGGCUGAAACUGUCUCCAAGCCCGUCUAGUAAAGUUGCCGUUUCCAGAGUAUCUGGCUCCUCCUCCUCUCGGUCGUCUAAGAGGAAGAGAAUUGACUUGGACCCAUUAGAGUUGGGGCGAGAUGAGCUGCUGGUGUCAGAAGAGGCCACAGCCAGUGGACCAGUGAGCAUCUCACCCACUGACAUGGAUGGGAAUGCUGUCACCCUGGCCAAUGAAACUGACCAGGAUCAACCUCUGGGUAGCUGGAGGUUGAAGAGACAAGUUGACAAUGGAGAAGAGAUUGUUUACAAGUUCUCUCCCAAGUUUGUUCUUAAAGCUGGCCAAACUGUCACGGUUUGGUCUGCGGACGCAGGAGUCGCUCACAGUCCACCAUCUGACUUGCUGUGGAAGGGCCAGACUUCCUGGGGAACAGGAAAUGAAAUCAUCACCACUUUGUUGAACUCUGAUGGCGAGGAGGUGGCCAGUAGGAGAGUGACCAAGACUCAGGUGGAGAUGGAGAAUGGUGAGGAAGAGGAGGUGGUGGCACAAACGGGCAAGACAUCUUCAAGAGAGUGCGCUAUCAUGUAAAGUCCCAUGCAAUCCGAUCCACACCACUGCCUCACCGUCUCAUUUUUAAGAGUUUUGGGCUAAAGAACUGUUUUUACUACCCUCAAACCCAGAACUGCUCUGAUUCAAGCACGGCCUCUGAAUACAAAUCUCUUCUUCAUCCUCAACAUUGUUGGUCAGUGAGCAGUGGCCUCUUCAAGCUGAACGUGUCGUUUAUUUGCUGUAAAGCAGCGAAACAGUCAUUUACACCAAAAUUGUGUACAGAUACAAGUAAAGAGCUCGUGUUUAAGGUCUGUCACUCCAUUGGUAGGUCGGAUUGUUUUUUUUGUUUUUUUUAUUCUUCGGUAGGGGACAUGCUUUACUAGUCAUCUGUCCCGUGUUUGCAAUUGUAUUGAGGUAUGGAAUUACUAUAUUAAUGGCAGGACAGAUUGUGCCCCCUCUACAACCCCUCAAUUUCUGAAUUGAAGUCUCUUUCUCAAGCCAAGUGUCAGGAGUCUUAGUUGCUCAGGUUGUUUAGGAAGCAGCCAUUAUGCGGGCCUGGGGUUGAGAUCUCUAUUAGAAGGUGUUUGGUAAAACAAUGAGACAGUGUAGAAAAUGAGCUGCUGUCCUACCUUACUUAGGAGCAUCCACAGGGUAAUUUAUUAAGAAAAUAGUUUAAGAAUCGGAACAAAGACUGAUAGAAUGUUCAUGCGGAUGUUUGAGGUGAUUCCUUUCGCGGUAUGACAAGUAUAAGUCCCAAACUCAGGCGGAGGGGACACCUAUCCCUGGUUUUACAAUAGGUGCUGACUUUCCACAAAGGUGGACCUGAUCACCCAAUUCCUUAGCAUAUAUUGAGCUAUGUUUUUGUUUGCUAGGAUUUCUCUAUUACGCUGAAUUUAAGGACUAACACUAUGUCUUCUCUGAUAAAUUGGUUUGUUAAGCAUUGCUGUAUAAUUGGACCUAAGAUGGCACCUUCGACGUUAUGUCAUUGAAUAUUCAACCUGUAUAUUUCACUGUAUUUUAUACAUGCCAGCUCUGAAAGUUGUCACCAGGUUGCCUCUGAAGGUUUCGACUUUUCGUUGAUUCCCAGUUUGGCUGCUUGCUUUCUGAAGACUCCUCUCAGUCAGAAUAUUGAUCGACCUUGUCUCUCAUAUACUUGAGGCAAAAAAACCCCUAAUUGCUUGUGUUACUCUUUAUCUGACACCAUGUGUGUCAUCCUGGCAAAUGUCUGUGUGUUUUCGGCGUGCUCUCUAGUUAUUUUUAUUUUCUUAUAGAUGUUUUGACAAUGUAAUCGGUCUAUUUACAAGACAUGUUUUGUUUUUAUAUUUUAUGGUGGACCUCUGUUUGAUUUAAAAUUGGGUGCUCAUGGCCUUAGGAGAAGGAAGAACAUGAACAUGGAAACUGUAACUGUGACUCACUGUCAAUCUGCAGUGCAUUGAUCACGACUGGGUUCAGUCUGACGUGCUGGACACUGACCUGCUGCUCAAAUGUCAUGGUGGCUCAGGUCAGUCUCACAACCAGUCAGAUCAUAUUUGUUUUUUUCUUACAAGUGACUUCAGUGAGCCAAGUAUGCAUGUUGUUAUCCUGAAGACAGGACAUUCAUACCGGACACAUGCUUCUUACUAAUGUGAGCAUCCAUUAUGUUUUUAAUAAUAAAUGCUUGAAAUGCAUUAGACCAGUGUUUGGCCACUGGUGCUUGAUGUGUGACUUCUGGAUAUUGAUCAUUAGCACCCAAGUUUUAAUCAGAGAGCCUUUUGUUCAUGCUGGGGAGGGAAUGGGGCUGUUUUCAUGCAUAACUAUCUGGUGUUUAACAACUUUUGUACCCACAAUAAAAGUUUUUCAUAUACAAUCUGUUUG